AUGGACGGACAAGACCCUCUCCCCAAUGUCCUCCUCGCCGGCCUCAACUGCCGAGGCUGCGUGCACCUCGUCGUCGGCACGAACCCGCUCGCGGCCGCCCGCUGCGCGCAGUCGCUCGGCGCCGGCGCGCGGCCCAUCCUCGUCGCGCCGCCGCCCACGACCGACCACCUGCACUACAACCUGCAGGCCAGGAUCGACGACGGCAGCGUCAAGUGGGAGCAGAAGACGCUCGACGACGACGACCUCUUCCGCCUGGGGCGCGACGAGGUCGGCGGCGUGGUCGACGCCGUGUUUGUCACGACGGGGACCCGCGAGACGAACGCCCACAUUGCUGCCCUCUGCAAGCGCAAGCGCAUCCCCGUCAACGUCGUCGACGCACCGGACCUCUGCACCCUCACCCUGCUGUCCACCCACACCGACGGGCCCCUGCAGGUGGGCGUCACGACCAACGGCCGCGGGUGCAAGCUGGCCUCGCGCAUUCGCCGCGAGAUUGCCGCCUCGCUGCCCGCGCACCUCGGCGCCGCCACCGCCCGUCUCGGCGACGCCCGCCGGCGCAUCAUUGAGCAGGACCGCUGCGCUACCGCCGCCUCUGCUGCCGACGACGACACCACCGGUCAGAGCGCCGCCUUCAACAAGCUCGUCACCCCAGAGGAGGCCGAAGACGUCAAGACGCGCCGCAUGCGCUGGCUCAGCCAGGUCUGCGAGUACUGGCCGCUGAGCCGUCUCGCGGCCGUCACCGACGACGACGUUGCCACGCUCCUCACCAGCUACCCCAGCAGCGGCUCCUCCUCCCUCCCCUCCCACAGCAGCAGUAGUAGCCCCAAGCUCGGCCGGCUCAUCCUCGCCGGCAGCGGCCCCGGUCACCCGGACCUGCUCACGCGCGCUACCCACAACGCCAUCCUGGCCGCCGACCUGAUCCUCGCCGACAAGCUGGUGCCCGCCGGGGUGCUGGACCUCAUUCCGCGGCGCACGCCCGUGCACAUUGCGCGCAAGUUCCCCGGCAACGCCGACGCCGCCCAGGAGGAGCUCCUGGCUACGGCGCACGCCGGCGUGACGGCCGGGCAGACGGUGCUGCGGCUCAAGCAGGGCGACCCGUUCCUGUACGGCCGCGGCGGCGAGGAGGUGGCGUGGUUCCGCGCGCGGGGGCUCGGCGACCGCGUCGCCGUCCUGCCCGGCAUCACGAGCGCGCUCUCCGCCCCGCUCUUUGCCGGCAUCCCCCCGACGCAGCGCGACGUGGCCGACCAGGUGCUCGUGUGCACCGGCACCGGCAAGAAGGGCGCCGCUCCCGCGCCCCCCGAGUACGUCGCCUCGCGCACCGUCGUCUUCCUCAUGGCCCUGCACCGCAUCACCGGGCUCGUUCGUGAGCUCACCACCGCGGCCGCGCCCGGGGAACACGUCCAGCGCACGCUCUGGCCAGCCUCGACGCCCUGCGCCGUCGUCGAGCGCGCCAGCUGUCCCGAUCAGCGCGUCAUCCGCACCACCCUCGCCCGCGUCGCCGAGGCCGUCGAAGCAGAGGGCAGCCGGCCCCCGGGCCUGCUCGUCGUCGGCGGCGCGUGCAACGCGCUCGAGGGCGUCCUGGACAGGGGCCGCGCGUGGGUUGUCGAGGAGGGGUUCCGCGGCCUGGACGGGCUCGCGGCCGAGGUGACGGCAGGGCUGGCCGAGGUGCCGGCUGCCCUUGCCACGGCAUGA